UGAUACGCAGUCUGUGUAAAACAUUAUCUCUGAAAAGAAGCCCGCACAAAGCUCAAUAUGCUACAGGAUAGUAGCAUUUUUUUCUUCAUAUACUGAAUAAAAUCUUAAUACUGACAAAUGAGAAUGAAUGAGCUCGUGCCAAACCACGACGUCACAUUUAUUAAUAGUUUACAUUUCUCUUUUCAUGGAUACUAAAUGGUGUUAAACUCCCGAUAUAAUUUCGGAAUCAUCGCUACUUUUCACCGACAUUGCAAGUUAAGGGUUAAGGCAGGCAGCGCCUUACGCACAGGUGUCUCACCAGUCUUCUGUGAAACAACGCCUGCAAACUGUUGGCGAACUUUUAAUUAAGUUGUUCAUGACUGUAACUCAGCUGGGUUUAUGCUGUCCGAGUAGACGGGUCACUGUAAUUCAUGUAGCUAGACCUUAAAGGGGUUCGCACCACCACAGCCCUCAUCCUCUGCCUCUAUCAACGUAGGAAGAAAAAAAAAAAAAACCCGGACAGCUCUCAAGAUCGGUCCCGGUCCCGCAAACGCCUUUUUUUUCUACCUUCAAUUUUAUUCGUCGUCUCUUUUUCUUUUUUAAAUUUCACGCGACUGGACUUAGUGUAAAGACAUCUUAAAAGCCCUAAAGUCGGCGAGACCCGGUUGUAUUUUCUGCAUUUUAGUGCUUCCAUUACGCGCCGGAUAUGUGGUGGAUGCUGUUUCACCGAUGGAUCUGGUUUCUUCUUGGACAUUGCUAUACUCUACUCCUUUACAUAGACAGCUGCCGUGUAAGAGCAAUGCCCAUGUCUGUGGCAAAAGUGGUGUACUCUCACGCAGGUCUCUGCCCGAACGAUCUGAACCCUAACCUGUGGGUGGAUGCUAUGAGCACCUGCAUGCGCGAGUGCGAAUCCGAUCAGGACUGUGAGACUUUUGAGAAGUGCUGCCCUAAUGUAUGCGGUAACAAGAGCUGUGUGGCAGCACGCUAUAUAGACAUCAAAGGGAACAAGGGCCCCAUUGGAAUGCCAAAGGGUGCCACCUGCGACAAGUUCAUGUGCUCUCAGCAAGGGUCCGAGUGUGACAUCUGGGACGGCCAGCCUGUUUGUAAGUGCCGAGACCGCUGUGAGAGAGAACCCCACUUCACGUGUGCAUCUGAUGGCAUGACGUAUUAUAACAAGUGCUACAUGGACGCUGAGGCCUGUUCCAAGGGUAUCUCUAUCUCUGAGGUCACCUGCAGGUACCACCUGACCUGGCCAAACACCAGCCCACUCCCUGUGGAGACCACAUUACAUCCCACCACUGCCCUCCAGACCACCCUCCCGACUGACAUCCAGCUUCCCGCCAUACACAAUGGACCCAGCCAGCAGGCUGUCUUUGUGGGUGAGACAGCCACCUUCCUGUGUGAAGUGUCUGGAAAGCCGCAUCCAGAAAUCACCUGGGAGAAGCAACUGAAAGGGAAAGAGAAUAUCGUAAUGAGACCCAAUCACGUCCGAGGGAACGUCGUGGUCACUAACAUCGGUCAGCUAGUUAUAUACAAUGCGCAACUUCAGGAUGCUGGAAUCUAUACGUGCACAGCCAGAAAUGUUGGAGGAAGUGUGUCAUCACACUAUCCUCUGGUAGUGAUCAAGAAAGAAACGAAAGGUAAAAUUCCAGAGGGGAACAGCACCAACCUGCCUUUUCCAGCUGCCGAGUGCCUUAAGAGUCCAGACACGGAUGACUGUGGGGAAGAGAGCAUAAGCUGGUAUUAUGAACCAAAGAGGAACAACUGCUUCACCUUUACCUACAGUCAGUGCAACAAAAACAGAAACCACUUUGACACCUAUGAAACCUGCAUGCUGUCAUGCGGAGGAGAGCUGGCAGCUCCCUGUAGCCUUCCAAGCCUUCAAGGCCCCUGCAAAGCCUACGAGCCCCGCUGGGCUUAUAGCAGCACUCUCAAAAAGUGCCAGUCGUUUGUGUAUGGAGGCUGCGGUGGCAACGAGAACAACUUUCAAUCUAAAGAGGCCUGCGAAGAGAUGUGCCCCUUUCCGAAGAACAACAACUGCAAGGUGUGCAAACCCCGAGGCAAGAUGGUGGCCAGCUUCUGCAAGAGCGACUUUGUGAUCCUCGGCCGGGUGACCGAGCUGACAGAGGAACAAGAGUCGGGCCAUGCUUUGGUGACGGUGGAGGAGAUCUUGAAGGAUGAGAAGAUGGGUCUUAGGUUCUUUGGCAAAGAACCACUCGAGGUGACUCUUCUAAACAUGGACUGGAACUGCCCCUGCCCCAACAUCACUGUAGCCGAUGGGCAGCUUAUUAUCAUGGGGGAUGUCCACAAUGGCAUGGCUGUCCUGCAGCCCGACAGCUUUGUAGGCUCCUCGAGCAAUCGCAGAAUCAGGAAGCUGCGUGAGAUUAUCAGCAAGAAAACUUGCGAUUUCAUUAAAGAUUUCUCCACCGUCCAGUAGACUCUGAUAGCAACUGAAAGCUCAUUACAGGUUGUCAUUUUCAGAUAAAUCCAGUGACCUCAACAGUCAGACUGACUGCCAACAAACACAAAACUAGAAACGUAUCUGCAGGUUGUUGUUUUCUUUCCUCUCUCAUUUUCCACACAGCUCAGAAGGUCUCAGAAAAACAUUUUACAUCAUCCGUACUGUUCACUGUGUUAUUUCUUUUUAUUCAGUUGUGGGGUACACUGUCCGGAUUAAGCAAGUGGCAUAUUAAUAGUCAGAAGCAUUUACCCUGUUUAAAGUAUUUAAUCCUUUUCCUUUCCAAAUGUUACCCAAAUAUACACUAAUGCCACUCGUAUAUCAGCAUAUCCUAAUAAGAUUAGUAUAGUUGCUUUAUUUUUUUGAUGGGUAUCUCACAGUUGAUAUUUUGUAACAUCUGUCCUCAGCACUUAAGCUCACUAUAAUGCCUCAGUUUAUCAACCAGAAUCAAAUAAGCUCUUCGGUUCCAUUUUCCGGACAAUUUUUUUUAUUUUUAGAUUUUUUUUUGAGUUUCCAUGUGUAUGUUACAUGGACUUGUGUACUUCAUAUUUAUUUUUACUGAUCUAGCUCUGUUGAUCUAAUUGCAUAGGGACCAGAUAUGGUUUUUUUUAAUUUUGUCUAUGAUAUCCUACAUUAAUGUUCAUUAAAACGUAUAAAACAUG